AUACAAUAUUUUGUGUUUCAAAAGUGUCUGCAUUUGCAUCGAUGGCUACACAGAUAUCACCGGAAGAGCUCAUUGAUCCGGAUUUAGUCCUUUCGGAGCACACGUUGAAUGCAUUGAAAGAGUUUUAUGCGGAAACCUCUUCGCGACUCAACGCCGAUGACUCCAAAGACACCGAUAUUCAGGAGAAUUGGCAAUUGAGUCAGUUUUGGUACACCGAAGACACGUCACAAUAUCUGUGCGAUGAAGUGAUCCAUGCUUUGGGUGACCACAAGACACGCAAAUCCAUUGCCUGUAUAUCGUGUCCGACACUCUUUGACAAACUCUUUAAGAAGUUAUCACAAGAGGAGAACAAUUCAAUUGAUUUGGUUUUGUUUGAAUUUGACCGAAGAUUUGAAGCUAAAUAUUCCUCGGGAUAUGUCUUCUAUGACUACAACGAACCCAUUGAUGACCACAUGAAAGAGAGAUUUAAAGAGCAGUCUUUCGAUGUGGUUAUAGCGGAUCCGCCCUUUCUAUCGGAAGAAUGUAUGAGAAAAACAUCGCAGACCAUUAGAUACCUGGCGAUGGAUAAGAUACUGGUCUGUACGGGUGCUGUCAUGAGGGAUGUGUUAGCAGAGUGUCUGCAACUCGAGGAAUGUCUUCACUUCGAGCCCAAACACAACCGAAACUUAGGAAAUGAAUUCAAGUGUUUCUCGAAUUUCCUUUUGAGACAAUUGCCGCACAAGUGACUGGAUCUGUUGUCGUAUGUCAUCGAAAGUGUGG